AUGUUUUCAGUACUGGGUGUGAAUGUUUUUGCUACAGAAUGUAGCGCACAGCAACUGUGUUGUCGGUUGAACGUUUACAUUAUUUCGUCACGUGGUGGCUGUCCGCCUCCACUGUUGCGAGCAAUCUUGAAAUUCAUUACUGAAAGGCCAAACCAGCUUCUUAGUAUUGAUUUAGCAGGUCCACUACCCACCGGUAGGGGAGGCGCUAAAUACUUAGUAGCAAUCCUGGACAAUUUUUCUAAGCACAUAAGACUGUACGCAGUAAAAUCUUCUUGUGCAAAUCCAAUAAUUCGUCGCAUUGAAAAUGAUUAUUUCCCACGAUUCGGGGUUCCAGAAUCAAUUUUGUCUGAUAAUGCUUCAAAUUUCACAUCACGCCCGUGGCAUGCAUUUCUUGAGGACAUGUCCUAG